UUUAUUAUAAACCUGCUAUAAUUUGUUUAACAAAAUUCUCACCGAAGUAACUAAAGCGCCCCUUAGGGCUGUCGCGUUGGCGUCAUUUUUGGGCGACGGUUUCGCCGCCCUCGGCUCAAGAGCACCGCCGGUUAAGGAUCUAAUGGCGUUUGGUUCGGUUUUACACAACAAUCAACACAGUAUAGGACGUAGUGAACCGCCGGUCGGUGUUGGCGAUCCCUGUGCUGGCUGUAAUAAACCAAUUUUAGAUAAAUUUUUAUUAAAUGUUUUAGAACGUGGUUGGCAUGCGUCCUGUGUGCGCUGCUGUGAAUGCCUUCAACCUUUAACGGAUAAAUGCUUUAGUAGAGAAUCAAAAUUAUACUGCAGGAAUGAUUUUUUCAGACGCUAUGGUACCAAGUGCAGUGGCUGCGGCCAAGGUAUUGCUCCCUCCGAUCUCGUUCGUAAACCUCGUGAUAAGGUGUUUCACCUCAAUUGUUUUACAUGUUGUAUCUGCCAUAAACAGCUCAGUACGGGUGAACAACUCUAUGUGCUGGACGAAAAUAAAUAUAUCUGCAAAGAUGAUUAUUUACUUGGCAAAGCACCAUCGAUAUGUGGCCAUAAUUCCUUAAGUGGUUCUCUAAUGGGUUCGGCGAGCGAAGAUGAAGACGAUGAUGAUGAUCCACCACAUUUAAGAGGACCCCCUCUGGGUCUGGGUAUGUUGGGACCAAAUGGUCCAGACUCAGCAGGUGGACCAUUGGGAGCAUCAGAUAUUUCAGUACAAAGCAUGAGCACCGACAGCAAAAACACGCAUGACGAUUCCGAUCAGGGUUCCUUAGAUGGCGAUCCUGAUGCGAGAGGUGAUUCUCAGGCGGAAAACAAAAGUCCUGACGAUGCCAAUGGCUCGAAAAGAAGGGGGCCGCGCACAACGAUCAAAGCGAAACAAUUGGAGGUUCUAAAAACAGCAUUUAACCAAACACCGAAACCCACACGUCACAUUCGUGAGCAGUUGGCCAAAGAAACGGGCUUGCCCAUGAGAGUAAUACAGGUGUGGUUUCAAAACAAACGCUCAAAAGAACGACGCAUGAAACAAAUAACCAGCAUGGGUCGGCCACCGUUCUUUGGUGGUGCCCGCAAGAUGCGAGGUUUUCCUAUGAAUCUAUCACCGGGUGGUUUGGAUGAUGGCCCCGGUUUUCCCUAUUUUGCAGCCGAAGGCAAAUUUGAAUUUGGCUAUGGACCUCAUUUUCAUCCACACGAUGGACCCUUCUUUCCAGGACAUCCUGGUGGACCAAUGCCUUUUAAUGCGCCUGGUGGACCAAUGGAUCAUACGGGUCCAAUUCCUAUGGUUAAUGAAUUUGGCCUAACGCCCGAAUCACAAUUCCUUAGUCAGACUGGAGGACCCCCCAUGAAUAUACAAUCGGCGGGGGGACCUCAACCACCUCCGGACCAUCUGCUGGCAGCCCAGCAGCAGCAACAACAACAGCAGCAGCAGCAGCAACAACAACAGUCACAACAAUCUCAACAAAAUGGCCCGCGUUCCGCAUCACCUGAAUUCAUGUCAGCCGCUAAUUUCAGUGAACCUCAAAAUAUGCAAAACGAAACGCUUGUUUGGUAAUAUUCAAAAGAGCUGGCAACACGUUUGCUAUUGCUAAAAACUCUCGCCGAAUAUCAGCAACAGGAGGAUGUGGUUUAACUGAUGAUAAUGCAACUGACACAACAACAUUAAC